CAGAGGCCCUGGACACCUCACACCCAGGCACCAGGCCACAGAACCAUGAGCCAGGACAGCAAAGUGAAGACGACAGAGUCCAGCCCCCCUGUCCAGUCCAAGGCCAGGAAGACGCUGCCUGUCCUGGACCCAUCUGGGGAUUACUACUACUGGUGGCUGAACACGAUGGUCUUCCCUGUAAUGUAUAACCUCAUCAUCAUCGUGUGCAGAGCCUGCUUUCCCGACUUGCAGCAUGGUUACCUGGCGGCCUGGUUCGUGCUGGACUACACGAGUGACCUGCUGUACCUACUGGACAUCGUGGUGCGCUUCCACACUGGAUUCUUGGAACAAGGCAUCCUGGUAGUGGACAAAGGUAGGAUCUCGAGUCGCUAUGUUCGCACCUGGAGCUUUUGCUUGGACCUGGCUUCCCUGGUGCCCACAGACGUUUUGCCCCGCCUCUUUGAAGCCUUUGACCGCACGGAGACCCGCACGGCUUACCCCAAUGCCUUUCGCAUCGCCAAGCUGAUGCUCUACAUUUUCGUGGUCAUCCACUGGAACAGCUGCCUCUACUUUGCCUUGUCCCAAUACCUGGGCUUCGGGCGUGACGCCUGGGUGUACCCAGACCCCGCGCAACCCGGCUUUGAGCGCCUGCGGCGCCAGUACCUCUACAGCUUUUACUUCUCCACGCUGAUCCUGACCACCGUCGGCGACAUCCCGCUGCCGGAGCGGGAGGAGGAGUUCCUCUUCAUGGUCGGCGACUUCCUGCUGGCCGUCAUGGGUUUCGCCACCAUCAUGGGUAGCAUGAGCUCCGUCAUCUACAACAUGAACACUGCCGACGCCGCUUUCUACCCUGACCACGCGCUGGUGAAGAAGUACAUGAAGCUGCAGCAUGUCAACCGCCGGCUGGAGCGGCGCGUGAUUGACUGGUACCAGCACCUGCAGAUCAACAAGAAGAUGACCAACGAGGUGGCCAUCUUACAGCACUUGCCAGAGCGGUUGCGGGCAGAAGUGGCUGUGUCUGUGCACCUGUCUACUCUGAGCCGGGUGCAGAUCUUCCAGAACUGCGAGGCCAGCCUGCUGGAGGAGCUGGUCCUGAAGCUGCAGCCCCAGACCUACUCACCAGGCGAAUAUGUCUGCCGCAAGGGGGACAUUGGCCGAGAGAUGUACAUCAUCCGCGAGGGUCAGCUGGCCGUGGUGGCAGAUGAUGGUGUCACACAGUAUGCCGUGCUUGGUGCAGGGCUCUACUUUGGGGAGAUCAGCAUCAUCAACAUCAAAGGGAAUAUGUCUGGGAACCGCCGCACAGCCAACAUCAAGAGUCUAGGUUAUUCGGACCUGUUUUGCCUGAGCAAGGAAGACCUGCGGGAAGUGCUGAGCGAGUAUCCACAGGCCCAGGCCGUCAUGGAGGAAAAGGGCCGUGAGAUCCUUCUCAAAAUGAACAAGUUGGACAUAAAUGCUGAGGCAGCUGAGAUUGCCCUACAGGAGGCCACAGAGUCCCGGCUACGAGGCCUCGACCAACAACUGGAUGAUCUACAGACCAAGUUUGCCCGUCUCCUGGCUGAGCUGGAGUCCAGUGCACUCAAAAUUGCUUAUCGCAUUGAACGGCUGGAGUGGCAGACUCGAGAGUGGCCAAUGCCUGAGGAAUUGGCUGAGGCCGAUGACGAAGGCGAGUCUGGGGAGGGACCUUCUAAGGAUGAGGAGGGCAGGGCUAGCCAGGAAGGACCCCCAGGCUCAGAGUGACCCCAUUCCUAUCCCUAGGAAUCCAGAAUUAUAGGACAGCCUCCCUGCAGAAACUCUGCCUUCCUGUCUGCUAGGUCCCAGAGAUGGGAGUGAAUUGGGUCUGCAGAUGCCCACCUGGAGAUGUAGGAGUGUAGCACACAUUCAUUCCCCACUCACAAAUGUGCGCACGCACGUGCGCGCGUGCACACACACAUACACACACACUACAAUUGCACAUACUAGUACAAACAUUGGCCCCAAGAAUGUUCAUUCUAUAUAAAAUGCUCUAGAAUUUCCAUUCUCAGAGCACACAUGCUUGCUCACAAACAUAGAUAUGCCUUAUACCUACAUGAUACAUGCACAUUCAGUCAUGCACCUCAUAAACACAGAUAUACUGAGAGUCAUACACCAGUAGACACACAGAUGCCCUCCACACACUUGUAAAUACACAAAAGCACACCCAGAGCCCUCUUGUUCCAAGAUAUCCUUUAAAUG